AUGGAGGGCUGCUUGAUGGAGGACCGGGGGGACUACUGGGGCGAGGAGGAGAUGAGACUGUGGGGGGACUACUGGGCUGAGAGUGAGAUGGAGAAGACAUUUCUGUGUCCCAAUUGCAAUGUGGAGUUCCCUUCCAUUGACGCAGUUAUCCUGCACCUUAAUUCUCAGUCUACCUGUUGGCCGCAUGAAUCAUGUCCACAACAAUUCCCAAUUCCACCUGGAUUGCGAGCUGGGUAUGUCUUUGGUGUCGGCAAAAACCUGUUUGACAGGUUGCAAGAAGAUGAAUAUGAUUAUCGGAGGAAAAUAAACACUUAUUACCCUUUCCACGACGAAGGAGAGUGGGAACUGGGAAGGUUUUUAGUUGAGAACCUAACUCAAACUCAGAUUGACAAGUUUUUGAAGUUAAAAUGGUUUCACACCCGCCCAAGGCCAUCUUUCACCUCGAAAGACCAACUUCUAGACUGGGUCGAUGCACUCCCCUCUUUUGUGCCAUGGAAGGUCUCAAACAUAGAGUUCACAGGCUACAAGACGACUUAUCCUGUACAACUCAUCUGGCGUGAUGCUUUAGAGGUCAUCAAACAACUCUUCAGUGAUCCCGUUUUUGCCAAUCACAUCACCUUUCAGCCGCAUGUUGUCAAUACCAGAGGUCAGCGUGAAUAUGGAGACUAUAUGAGCGCUGAUAUGGCAUGGAAAAUCCAGGACCAUCUACCAGUAGGCACUACACAAGUACCGAUUAUCUUGGGAUCGGAUAAAACACCUGUGACACGCAUCACUGGAGGGUUCGAGAUGCACCCGCUCUUCAUCACGAUUGGUAACCUGGACUCAGAAGUUCGCUCUAAGGCCACACUACGAGCUUGGCAUUGUAUUGCUUACAUGCCUAUUGCUAAGUUUUGUGUGCAUCCUGACUAUCAGGGCAUUUUGCAGGCACGGUUAUGGCACAAAUGUGUCGAUCUUGUCUGCGCCAACCUCAAGAUCACUGCAGAGGAUGGUUGUUUUAUGCCCGAUCCUUCCCGAUAUAUUUGCUAUGUCUUUACACCACUUGUCGCUCACGUAUGUGACCUGCCAGAGGCUACAAUGAUCGCUGUGGUUGAUCCUUGGGAUCUCGAUAAAUUCCAGAAGGCAGCAAAAGCGGCUCACCUGUCCGGAGUUCACAUGCCAUAUUGGAGCAAUUGGAUGUUUGCAUGCCCAUCCGUCUUUCUCACCAGUGAAAUUUUGCAUACCUGCAUCAAGUUUUUCGCAGACCAUCCACUCAAUUGGGUCAAGGAGACAGUAGGAAAAUGCGAGCUCGAUGCUCGCUUCAUGGUUCAGCAUAAACGGGUAGGAACACAGCACUUCACCAAAGGCAUCACCCAUGUCAACCAAAUGACAGGGCGGGAGCACCGAGACAUUCAACGCACCAUUGUUGCUUCAAUUGCAGGCGUCGCUGCACCCAGAUUUAUUCGUUCAAUCCGUGCGCUCAUAGAGUUCAUUUAUCUUGCUCAGAAUCCUGUUCAUUCUCCUAAUUCCCUGCAUUCAAUGGAUGCUAUCAUUGAUGCUGGGGCAAGGAGGGGAAAGAAGGGUGUUAAAGAAGAUUUUUUCAUCCCGAAACUCGAGCUAUUGCAAAGCUUCCGAGGCACGGUUGAGAGACUGGGCACGUUGAUGCACAUCUCUUCAGAGCGCACAAAUCGGCGGUCUACUGAUUUUACGGAACAGUGUGUACGGAUCCUCAAUCGCCAGGAGUCCAUGGAACUAUUUAACCUGUACACGCUAUCCUAUUCUCGUGGCACAUCACUCGUCAAUGCCAUACACAUUGAAGAUGAAGAACACUUUCCUGGGUUUCUUCGCGUUCUCCCUGAUGAAGCGCACUCUGUUCAUGGACCUCGGCCAGUUUGGAAUCAUUUUCCUAAGGGCAUUCUUUCUGAAGAUGCUCUCACUGCCAUUCCAUUUAACUUUAACACCAGAUUUCAAUGCUCUAACACCCUAGUCAUCAUGCCGAGCAGGGUGGUACAAGCAUACCCACCGAGUGAUGCAUUCCCCCUCGGAAAUUGCGAUACUGUCCUAAUCAAUGUCAUGGGUGAUGACGGCCAAACUAUCCAAUUCUUCCAUUGUGUUGCUAAUCCCAACGAUUGUCCAGAACUUGCAAUGUGGACGGUAGAGCGCACAUACAUGAUAGACCAACAUGGCGAACGCUAUAGGUGUGGUGGUGUGGUGUCAUUGACGGAUGUAACACACACUGUCGAAUUGAUACCAGAAUAUGGUAACAAGGUGGACGAGAAGAUUUCUUCGGCCACCUCUUUGGAGAGCUAUGAUUGGUUUUUUCUGAACAGCUUCACUGAUAAGGAAAGUUAUCAUACAUUUAGCACAGAGUUCACAUAGACAUGUCAGUAGCUCAUCUUAGUAGUGACAGC